CGGAACGACGCAGCACCUGCACAAAGUGCUUUCUCGCAACACUGAGCGCUCACGCUGGCGGUGCACCAUCACCAAGAAGCAGCUGGGACGCUGUGGCACGUUCAGUGCGACGUGACGUAGUACAGUAUAUUGUAGACCCAGUAGCCGUAUCGUAAUAUACAUACAGAGAAGUGGCUCACCGUGCGCGGUGGGCAUGUUUGUUUUCCUCUCAACCUUCGCUUAGUGGAAUUACCAAGGAUGUCAGCACUUGCGUCCUUGCUGCUUCAACACAGUGAAGUUAUAAGACCGUCUUCGAGCUCAACGAAAUUUAGGAGGGGAUUUUCCCAUUUUUUAAUUGGAAAAUGGUCCCUGGUUUUGACUGUCAUAUUUGCUGCACGCUGGAGUGUGGAAGUCCUUCUUGCUUCAAAUUCAGAAACUAGGCGGGUACCUAUAUUACUACUGUCAGGGUCAUUAGUCUGUCCCCUUUUCAUCCGCUUUCUCGCACGACGAAGAGACGACGUGGGGAAUAUUAUGAUCAACUUAUCUUCAAUUUCCGCAUUUAUGGAGGAAUUCGGCUGUCACUCAACCCAGGUGUUUUUGAGUACAACAGCUCGCUUUCUUAAUGGCAUGCGGCGUUUCUACACUGGAUUCGCAAUGGUUCAGUUUUUUGGUGUCAUGCACACGACGUACGGUUAUCGUGACGUGUCCCCAAUAGUAGCUUUGCUGACUUCCGUCAGUCCUCUAUUGGCAUGGCUGUUGUAUGUUGUCAAUACUCUUGGAGUGAUGUGUGCCUUAGCUGCUUUUUACGAAACACAAACAUACGUCUUUCUUCUGUUCUCGUCGUGCGCCUUUCUGUGGCGAGCCCUGGGAGUGGAGUGUGAACAAGGAGGGAAAGCGUCCUCCUUGAAAAGCUGUACAGAAAUCCACGCGGGCCUGGUGUCCAGUGCUCGGUACUUGCGCGGACUACUGGCAAGCCUCGUCGCCCAGUGGACUUGCACCGUGUUACUGCUACCGUUUAAAGCUACUGUGGAUCUCAUCACGGACUUUCGUGUAGACAUCGUUGCUCUCACGUGUUUCACGGACAUACUUACCAUGUUCUUGCCAGCCUGUCUUGUAGGACAGGCAUUGCGGGACUCCACUGAGUCGCUCCGUACCGGCCUCUACUUCGCUCCAUGGCUCGAGGAGAGUGGGCGAGCUCGACGCGACCGUGCGCGAUUCAUGUUGGGUGCUGACUGCAAGCCUCGACUCGUCGCCUUAAGUGGUCUACUGACUUUUAACGCCCCCUUUUUUCUUGACGUUAUCCACCACUGGUUCGGCAUUCUAAACGUGUUUCUAUCCUUACACAGCAAUAAAGCUAAUCUUUGAACAAGUCCACCCGUCAGAAACUGGUUCACUACAUAUUUCAAUUUGAAGGUGGUGAUGACAAGUGACUGACUUUGCCGGCUCGGAAGAAUGCAAGUUUUCUCCAACGGCUUCAGGGAUCUGAAAAUAAAAGAGGGGACACUGAAUCAUGAAAUUAAAAAGUUGCUGUCCAUUUAA